CCGCGUGGCCUCUUUUUCCGGCACGGGCGCGGAGAGGCGGCAGCACGAUGCCUGGUGUAACUGUAAAAGACGUGAACCAGCAGGAGUUUGUGAGGGCCCUUGCAGCCUUCUUGAAAAAGUCAGGUAAACUGAAGGUACCUGAAUGGGUGGACACGGUCAAACUAGCCAAACACAAGGAAUUGGCUCCCUACGAUGAGAACUGGUUCUACACCAGAGCAGCGUCCACAGCCCGCCAUCUGUACCUCCGCGGAGGGGCUGGAGUGGGCUCCAUGACCAAGAUCUACGGAGGCCGCCAGCGCAAUGGUGUGAUGCCCAGCCACUUCAGCCGGGGCUCCAAGAGCGUUGCUAGGAGGGUGCUUCAGGCUUUGGAAGGCCUCAAGAUGGUGGAGAAAGACCAGGAUGGAGGUCGCAAGCUUACUCCUCAGGGACAGAGAGAUCUGGACAGAAUUGCUGGACAGGUGGCAGCCGCAAGCAAGAAGCAUUGAAAUAAAUUUCAGCUUAAAAAUAAAAUUGUUUAUUUACUGA